AUGUCCGAGGGACCCUUCGAGCGCUACUGCAAGAUCAACCGGGCCAUUCGCUUCUGCGUGGGCCUGUGCGGCAACGACGUCAUUGCCGAGGACUAUCGCAUGUGGUGGCUCACGUACGCGGUGAUCGGGGCCAUACUGUUCUUCUUCGGCUGCACCGGGUACACGGUGUACGUGGGCGUUGUGCUGGACGGCGACCUCACCGUCAUACUGCAGGCCUUCGCCCUGGUGGGGUCCGCCGUGCAGGGCCUCGCGAAGCUGCUGGUCACCGCCCGGAUGGCGUCGGUGGUGCGCCAAAUCCAGGCCACGUACGAGGCCAUCUACAGGGAGUACGCGCGGCGGGGCGGCGACUACGGCAGGUGCCUGGAGAGGCGCAUCAAGACCACGUGGCACAUGCUCAUGUCCUUCAUGUGGGUGUACGUCGUGCUGGUGGGCGGGCUGAUCGCCUACCCGUUCUUCCAUCUGAUCCUCGACCACAAGAAGCUGCUGGUGAUGCAGUUCCGGGUGCCGUGGAUCGACGAGAGCACGGACGGGGGCUAUCUGGUGCUCAUCUCGAUACACGUGAUGCUCUUGUCGAUGGGCGGAUUCGGCAACUUUGGCGGCGACAUGUUUCUGUUCCUCUUCAUCAGCAACGUGCCCACGCUGAAGGACAUCUUCAGCGCGAAGCUCAGGGAGUUCAACGAGGUGGCUGUGCAGCGCCAGGACUACCAAAGGAUGCGCACACUCCUGUGGGAUCUGCUCGCCUGGCAUCAGCAGUACGUGAGCAUUCUGCGGGACACGGAGCGCAUCUACAGGAUCGUUUUGUUCGUCCAGCUGUCCACCAACUGCGUGAGUAUCCUCUGCACCAUAUCCUGCAUCUUCAUUGGCGCCUGGCCCGCAGCCCCCAUCUAUCUGGUGUACUCCUUCAUAGUCAUGUACUCCUUCUGUGGCCUGGGCACCAUCGUGGAGACUUCGAACGAGGACUUCAGCAAGGAGAUCUACGCGAACUGUCUGUGGUACGAGCUGCCCGUCAAGGAGCAGAGGCUGGUCAUCCUCAUGCUGGCCAAGUCGCAGCACGAGAUCUCCCUCACCGCCGCCGAUGUGAUGCCGCUGUCCAUGAGCACGGCCCUCCAGCUGACCAAAGGCAUCUACAGCUUCAGCAUGAUGCUGAUCACGUAUCUCGGCUACGAGAGCUAG